GACUAGAGAAAGGCGGGCGGGCAGAGACCCCGCGAAGGAAGUGACGCAAUAAACAAGCGCUACAGAGAACGCGAGCGGGGAGUCCCGGGGAGCCAUGGCCCCUCGGCGCCUCCUGAUGGUUGGGGAGGGGAAUUUUUCCUUCGCUGCCGCUCUCAGCGAAACCCUGGAUCCGUGCACUUGCCUUACCGCCACCUGCCUCCAGAGCCCAGCUGACUUGACUGGGGACCUGGUGGCCCAGGAGAAUCUGCAGCGUCUGCGCGAGCGAGGUGCCGAGGUACGCUUUGGUGUGGACUGUACUCAACUGGCAGAUGUCUUUGGAAUGCACCACAGGGAAUUUGAUCGAAUUUAUUUUAAUUUUCCACACUGUGGACGCAAAGCUGGAGUAGCUAAGAACAGGGAACUACUUGCCAAGUUUUUCCGGAGCUGUGCAGAUGUUCUUGCAAAAGAGGGAGAAGUUCAUGUGGCAUUGUGUAAAGGACAAGGUGGAACUCCUGCUGAUAAGCCCCAGAGAGAAUGGCACAACAGUUGGCAAGUGGUUGCUAUGGCAGCCUUGGGGGGGCUCAUUUUAAGUGAUCUGCAUCCCUUCAGUUGUGAGGCUGUGCCAGGGUACAAGUGCACUGGAUAUAGGAGUCAAGAUAAGUCCUUUCAUGUCGAAGGUGCUUUGACCCAUAUCUUCUCCCGGAGCUUACCUUUUGAAGAUUCUCAACCCAAAAUCUUCAGGAUCAAAUUGGGUGGCCAGAGGUUUUCUUUUCAAGAACCAGAAGCACUCGCAGGGAAGUUGAACAGGUUGUCUGGAAACAAAGCUGGACAAGUCUGGGCACCAGAAGGAUCUACUGCUUUCAAGUGUCUGCUCUCAGCAAGGUUAUGUGCUGCUCUUCUGAGCAAUGUCUCUGACUGUGAUGAAACCUUCAACUACUGGGAACCUACUCACUACCUCAUCUAUGGGAAGGGGUUUCAGACUUGGGAAUACUCCCCAGUGUAUGCCAUUCGCUCCUAUGCUUACCUGUUGCUUCAUGCCUGGCCAGCUGCAUUUCACGCGAGAAUUCUACAAACUAACAAGAUUCUUGUCUUUUACUUUCUGCGUUGUCUCCUGGCUUUUGUGAGCUGUAUUUGUGAACUUUACUUUUACAAGGCUGUGUGCAAGAAGUUUGGGCUGCAUGUGAGUCGAAUGAUGCUAGCCUUCUUGAUUCUUAGCACUGGCAUGUUUUGCUCAUCGUCAGCAUUCCUUCCUAGUAGCUUCUGUAUGUACACUACGUUGAUAGCCAUGACUGGAUGGUAUAUGGACAAGACUUCCAUUGCUGUGCUGGGAGUAGCAGCUGGAGCUAUUUUAGGCUGGCCAUUCAGUGCAGCUCUUGGUUUACCCAUUGCCUUUGAUCUGCUCGUCCUGAAACACAGGUGGAAGAGUUUCUUUCAUUGGUCACUGGUAGCCCUAAUCCUCUUUCUGGUGCCCGUGGUGGUCAUUGACAGUUACUACUAUGGGAAGUUGGUGAUUACACCACUCAACAUUGUUUUGUAUAAUGUCUUUACUCCUCAUGGACCUGACCUUUAUGGUACAGAGCCCUGGUAUUUCUAUUUCAUUAAUGGAUUUCUGAACUUCAAUGUAGCCUUUGGUUUGGCUCUCCUGGUAUUGCCACUGACUUCCCUCAUGGAAUACUUGCUGCAGAGAUUUCAUGUUCAGAAUUUAGGCCACCCGUAUUGGCUUACCUUGGCUCCGAUGUAUAUUUGGUUUGUAAUUUUCUUCAUCCAGCCUCACAAAGAGGAGCGAUUUCUUUUUCCUGUAUAUCCUCUCAUAUGUCUCUGUGGCGCUGUGGCUCUUUCUGCACUUCAGAAAUGUUACCACUUUGUGUUUCAACGAUACCGCCUGGAGCACUAUACUGUGACGUCGAAUUGGCUGGCAUUAGGAACAGUCUUCCUGUUUGGGCUCUUAUCAUUUUCUCGCUCUGUGGCACUGUUCAGAGGAUAUCAUGGACCUCUUGAUUUGUAUCCAGAAUUUUACAGAAUUGCUACAGACCCAACCAUCCACACUGUCCCAGAAGGCAGACCUGUGAAUGUCUGUGUGGGAAAAGAGUGGUAUCGAUUUCCCAGCAGCUUCCUUCUGCCUGAUAAUUGGCAGCUUCAGUUCAUUCCAUCAGAGUUCAGAGGCCAGUUACCAAAACCUUUUGCAGAGGGACCACUGGCCACCCGGAUCAUUCCUACCAACAUGAAUGACCAGAACCUGGAAGAGCCAUCCAGAUAUAUUGACAUCAGCAAAUGCCAUUAUUUAGUGGAUUUGGACACCAUGCACGAAACACCCCGGGAGCCGAAAUAUUCAUCCAAUAGAGAAGAAUGGGUCAGCUUGGCCUACCGACCAUUUCUCGAUGCUUCUAGAUCUUCAAAGCUGCUACGGGCAUUCUAUGUCCCCUUUCUGUCAGAUCAGUAUACAGUGUAUGCCAACUACACCAUCCUUAAACCCCGGAAAGCAAAGCAUAUCAGGAAGAAAAGCGGAGACCGGAGAAGAGCUGAAGCAGCUUACAGGAAGAACUGAAAAUCCCUGGACUGGAUGCUGUGUUAAACUGUUCUCCACACUCUGGCCUGGCAUUUGAGAACUAGUGAACCUCUCUUAGGCCGUAUGGGCUUCACCAAAGCUGUUAGGCAGCUUCUAGCAGACCUUCUUGUUCAAAUCCUACUGCUGAAAAUGAGCACAGUCUAGUUGCCAACCCACAUGUCCUUUUCACCUUCAGCAAGAUAAACUUCUAUAAAGCACUUCACAGGACUAGGACCCUGUCCUGGAGCUAUCUCAGGAAAAAGGUGACCAUUUGAGGAACUGUGACCUAAUUUUAUUAUAUAUAAUGCCUCUGAUUCUCAUUUUAUUUCCUUAAUAACCAGCUGUAACUCUGUGGUUGUAUUGUUGUUGUGUCUUUUCUGUUUUGUUUUGUUUUUUAAGUUUUAGCAGGCAGUUCCUUCUGUUCUAGGCUGCUCUACAUAAAGCUAUCAACAGAACAAACUAGAUGGCAUAGGAUGUAUUUCUAGAAAAUUAACUGUCAAUUGCUAGAUUUGUAUGAUGCCACAUUUUUAAGUAUUCAGAGGCCAUUUCCGAGGAAAUUGAGAAUUUCCUUGUUUUAAACAACCCUAGUGAAAAGGACCAGUAUAUAUUUACAGAACCUGUUUUGGGUUCUGUCUGUUUUAAAAACCAUCCUACAUGGGGCAUUUGUAGUCAAAUAGGCAAUGAUAAAGACUUAACUGAAGUGUAAUAAGUAUCAAGUAUUACUUUACAUUUAAAUACAGUAUUUCACAACCUGUAGCAUCUCAUUUGAUCCUCACAGUCACCACAUGAGGUAGAUAAGACAGAUGAUUUUAUCCCAUUUUAGGUAAGGAAACUGAAACUAAGCUGGGGAGGGAAAACGAUUUACCCAAGAACACACAGCUGGUGAGUAGUUGCUGGGACCAGAUCCUAGGUUGCCUCACUUCCUUAGUACUCCCCCAUAUUCCUCACUCAGCUAUGAAAACAUUACCUGAAAGAAUGGCGAGGUUGACCAGAGACCUGAUAGAUAUUGCAACUUUCUCUUUUAAGGAAGCAUUCUCUCUGUGUUUCUUUGAGUUCUUUGGUGCCUCCAUUCUGCUUGCAUGUUGGGCAUCCUGGCAGUGCUGUGUAAUGCAGGCUGGCCUGGGGCAAGAAAGUAGUGCUCAUGUCUGGAAGCCGUGUUCCUUUGCAGUCACACAGGACCCACAUAUCAGUCCUAUUCCUGUAGUCAGCCUGGGGUUGCAUUAUUGGUGCCUUAUUUCUCUGUAAGGGUAACUGUUUCUAGUAUCUGCAAAUAGGAAGAAUCUAUUUUUCAGAAUUACCAUCUUCUGUUUUUCAAAGAGAAGGACUUUCUGGCAGGAAGUGAUCCCAAGAGAGGGGAAGAGAAAUGUAGUUGCCCUACAAAAAAAAAAUCACUUUUUGGGAUCCCCUCUGAAGGGAUGUCUGAGGUGGAGCUGAGGCACUGGAGAAGUGAUGGGUAUGGACAGACCAGAGCAAUUCCUGGAGAGGAAAGAUAAACUGGGGUCCCACUUGCUUUAAAGAUACCUGGAAUUUAAUUCUCAACACUUGAUUGCUGUUUUCCAAAGCAAAUAUAACACAAAUAAUCUGACUAUAGGACAGAGAAAUGUAAAUGAAACGUCUUGACUGACAUGCUGUAAUUCAUGCUGUUCUUUGGGCAGGGCUAAGGCCCUCUACUUCUGCAGGGGUAGAUAAGAGCCCAGCAGUGGAGGUCCAUGACAAAUGACUUUUUCUCCGUGGUAUAAUGACUCAUUUUUUUUAUCUUGCUAUUAAAAGGAGAAGGAGGGCUUUUGAACAACAAUUUAAUUAUAGCAUCAAAGGCCAGGAAUGAUGAAGAAAUAACUUGGGAGUAUCAGUUUCUGUUUCUUUUAAAACUCGAUUUUACUGUCAGCCCCGUGGCUUGGGGGUUAAGGAGCUAGAUCCCACAUGGCUGACCAUGGUUCAAAUCCUAAUCUGAUGCCU